GAGGGGACCUGAUGACGCGGAGCCACAGACCGGGAUUUCCCUAUUCUGCAGGGUUCUCCGGAGCCUGGAGCAGAAGCCUUGGCUCUCACACACCCGCGGAAAGAAGGCAGCAGUGGCAUGUGAUGUCAAACAGAAGCUAACUGAAAAGCACACUGAGCAGCCAGAAGAGUAAAAGGCCAGAAAGGACAUCACAGAGCCCUCCGCAUAGGAAGCCAACGAUGGAAGACAUUGGACAGAACCCAUUGGAUAAUGGGCAUGGGAUAACAGAAAUACCGACUUUAGAAGCCGCAAAACAGCAUCUCAACUACCUGAACUUCAACCUUGAAAAGGAUCUGCAACGGCUGGACGAGGCCAACCAGCUUCUUCUCAGAAAGAUUCAAAAGAAAGAGAAAUCUAUUCAAAGUCUUGAAAGAGAAAUUGCUUUGUCCACUGAGAGAGUCCCAGAGAUGGAUGAGUUCAAUGAGAUCGCAAUACAAAAGGAGAACGCCCUGAAGGACCUGGAGCUGGAGACAGCAAAGCUGGAGGAAAAGAACAAGACCCUCAGUGAGAAAAUCAUGCAACUUCAGGAUAGGAUUUCAACAGAACUUAAGAAUCCUAGCCCUGAUCCAGAAACCCUGAAAAAGAAAAUAGCAGAAUUGAAGGUGAAACUACGAAAGUCAACCAAGUCCUGUGCACAACAAGAGAAGGAAAUAGCCAAGAUGCAAAGUGACUACCAGUCUGUACAUGAACUCUGUGAAGACCAGGCCCACUACAUAAAGAAAUACCAAGAAAUUCUGAGGGAGAUGGAGAAGGAACAAGAAGUAACGCUGCUGGAAAAAGAAAUGUCCAAAGCCCAGAAUGACUCUUCCCAAAAAGUGAAACCUGGGGCAACUCUGGUAGAGACCAUUCAGAGCAACAUGGAGAAGAACAUCAUUAAGAAAGAGAAGAAGAAGUUUUUGUUUAGACACUUCCACUACCUCUUCUUCAUGAUCGUGGUCUUCCUUCGGAUAUUGGGUUGUGUGGUCUUCCACCUGCAGUACAUAAACCCGGACUUCCUCGUGGACACUCUACCCAUGCUGAUGAGCAGAAGCAAGUUGAAGUGGCUGAGGGACAUACUGUUCCCCUUCCUUACGCUAGAGGUGGAAGACGUUCUACCACACUAG